AUGGCUAUUGAUGUUGCAGAUUUGCAGUUACCCGUUUCUACUCUGCGUACCAUUAUAAAAAAAAGAGACGAUAUAAAAGAAAAAAGCAGGUUGGGAGGAGUUAAGAGAAACAAAUUGAAGGUAGGAAAGUUUGAGAAAUUAGAAAAUGUUUUAGUCGAAUGGCUUCAUCAAGCAAGGGCCUUGAACCUGCCUAUAAGCGGCCCCAUAUUAUGUGAGAAAGCACGUAAAAUCGCAGAAAACUUGCAAAUCACGGAUUUUACAGAGUCAAAUGGCUGGAUCGAUCGUUUUAAAAAUCGUCACGGCAUUGUAUACCGGCAAAUCAGCGGGGAAUCAGAAACGGUGGCAGAAAGUGAUGUCGACACCUGGUUAACUACACUUCCAGCGUUGAUACAAAAUUAUGAGCCUCGAGACAUUUUUAACGCAGACGAAUUUGGUCUAUUUUUUAAAUUGAUGCCCGAUAAAUCCUACGUUUUCAAGGGAGAAACCUGCCAUGGCGGCAAAGCAAGCAAAGAAAGACUGACUGUGUUAGCGUGUGCCAACUCUGAUGGGUCGGAAAAGUUACGUUUGUUGGUGAUCGGUAAGGCAAAAAAUCCACGUUGCUUUAAAAAUGUAAGAUCUCUACCUGUAAAAUAUGAUGGUCAAUCUCGAGCUUGGAUGACUGGUAAUCGCUUUGUUGAGUGGUUAAAAGCUUUAGACGACCAUUUCCAGGUGAAGUGUAGACAGAUAAUUCUGUUCAUCGAUAACUGCCCAGCUCAUCCCAAAGGAGUUGAACUAAAGAAUAUUAAGCUUGUUUUCUUACCCCCUAAUGCCACGAGCAAGCUGCAACCGAUGGAUCAGGGCAUAAUAAAGGUCCUUAAACAAGGUUAUAGAGCUCGACUGAUACAUCGCUAUCUAAUGGAAAUGGACGACCCUGACAGCAAACGACCACUGAAUGUUCAUGACGCGAUACUAAACAUAUCAGCGGCAUGGCAAGCUAUUAAGCCAGAAACUAUACAAAAUUGUUUUAAAAAAGCAGGGUUCCGAAACGAUGAGCGUAAUAUCGUUUUAGAACAAGAAGAACCCACCAUAUUGCAGGAUUUUCCAGGAUAUUCAUCCAUAGACGACAAUGUUGCAACGCAUGAAGUGCUUUCAGUCGAAGACCUGAUCGAAAGCGUAGAUUUCACCCAAAACGCAGCCCUGAGUGAUGAUGACGACGCUAAUGAACAGGAAGAAACUCCAAUUCUGUCAAAUGCUCAGGCGUUGUCGUUUGUGGCAGAUUUAAGACGUUAUGUAUCGUCUAUGGGCAAUAGCGAAGACGCGAUCCAUAAAUUAAAUUAUAUUGAAAAUCUUGUUAUAUCAAAUGCGUCCAAAUCUCUGCGUCAAUCUAAAAUAAAUAAUUACUUUAAGUAAAAAAUAAAUAUCUGUUGAAUAGGUACUAUAGGUAGGCAAUUUAUACACCUCACUAAUAUUAAUAUAUCAAAACUACAAUUAUGUAAACCAAAUUAUGUCAAAACCCUAAUAUUGAUUUAUAACUAAAUACAUAUGUAUGAAUAUGAUUAAGUAUGAUUUUUGUUUGGUUUUCCAUUCUUAAUAAACAAAUUACAUGAAAUAGUACUAGUUUUUUUUCACGUUUAAUACGAUUUCCCGUAUAAUACGC